AUUUGACUAUAACCGGAUUGGCGUUGCUCUGUCUUUAGCCUACUAUCUCCCAAAGAGUGUAGGAAUUGUGUGGAUUUCUUAGACGUUACAUGCUUAAGUCUUGUUCUGCUUUUACAGUCACAUAUUUAUUGUCAUAGUAAAAAAAAUACUGCAACCGAGAAAUGGCACUAAAACGAAUAAAAAAAGAACUGGACGAUCUAAGAAAGGACCCUCCUGCCCAAUGUUCCGCCGGCCCUGUGAGUGAUGAUCUUUUUCAUUGGCAAGCCACAAUAAUGGGUCCGUCAGAAAGUCCAUAUCAGGGAGGUGUAUUUUUUUUGACAAUUCAUUUUCCAACUGAUUAUCCAUUUAAGCCACCUAAGUUAGCAUUUACAACCAGAAUCUAUCAUCCAAAUAUUAACAGUAACGGAAGCAUAUGCCUGGAUAUAUUGAGAUCACAAUGGUCACCGGCGUUGACAAUAUCAAAAGUAUUAUUAUCAAUUUGUUCUCUGUUAUGUGAUCCAAAUCCAGAUGAUCCACUUGUACCUGAAAUAGCAAGAGUGUUCAAAACUGACAAAGAGAAGUUUGGCGAAGUAGCACGUGAAUGGACUCGCAAGUACGCCAUGUAGAUACAAACUACAAGAAUACUUUCUUAAGACUAAUACAGAACUAAUAGUAAUGUAGUUAAAACAACUAACUGUUGACAAUAUUGUUUGAUGUUUCAGAGUGCUACUUCAAGUUCUUGUGAAGUUUUCUGUUGGCUGGAAUACAGACAAUAAUGAUAAACAGUCGUUGUCAAUUCAAUUAAUUAUUCAGGUUUAAUGUUUUCAAUUUAAGGUAAUUUUCUGGAAAUUUCACAUUAAUUUAAUUUGACUAUACUAUUAAUUAAUUAUUAUCACCAAAUAAGAUUUUGACCUUUUGAUAGUUUUGUCUCAGUCUUACAAAUUGCAAUGAAAUAGAAUUUAGAAAAUGCUUUCAAGCAUAUUAAGGUAUGAAUUAUUUACUUAUCUUUUAUCAUUGAUUAAAAUGUUUUAAAUGAAGGAAAGCUUUUUGUAUAUUUGUGCUGUUUCUAUUAUGAUGCUUAUUCAGUUACUUUUAGCUUUAAGUUUUUGUUAAGUGAGCAUGUGGGCAUUGCUUGAUUUGUACAAAUCUUUCAGUUUUGCAAGAUACAAAUGUAGUCUAAAUCCAAGGAUUUAAUUGAGAUUAGAUGAGGCAAGCAUAAAAUUAACAGUGUGCCCAUUUAUUUUUCUUGCAGUUUGCGAGACAGCAUUAAUGGUUUAUUAUUUAUUGUGGUAUCUCAAUUUUGUAACAUAUUGUAUGGCUAAAAAUCUGUUUAAGAAAUUAAGAAAUAAACAAAUUAAAAAAAACUUUGCCCUUUCUUUAAUACCAUGCAUUAGUUCAGUCUCAUAGAUACAAGUUACUUGGUUGUGCAAAACUAGAAUAAAUUUCACUGUGAUAGAUACAUUAAGAUAUACAAGUAACAGAAUUUUCUUGUUUGGUUGGUUGUACCAAAUAUCAGGCUACAAUAAAUAGUUCGUUCUUUGCCAAAGGUAAGUACAAUUUUUAAAAAAAAUUUAAAACUUGAGUUGCUUUAGUAAUGCUUGAAAUAUUAUUUAUCUGGUAAAUUUGUAUCAUCAUUUGUCUUAAAUUUAUAAAUAGUUUUCAGAAAUGUUUGAACUAAUAGACCUACUUACAAAAUUUUUUGUCAGUUUUAAUGUCCUAGUUGAAGUUUUAUUUUAAUUCAUAAAGCACUUGGAUUAUAGGAUGGUUUCUAUUUAUAAAUAGAAUACUUAAAUAAGAAUAAAAGUUGUGAAUUGUAAACCCAUGAUGUAUAUGUUCAUACUUUAAACAUUCAACCCUCCUCUUGUCAAAAUAUCUAAACACUUUUUUCCUAAAAUUACAAAAUAAAAAUUCUAUACUUAACACAUAGUUGAAGGAAAAGUUAUGAAAGGAGGAAAAGAACCUAUUUUUUGAAUAAAUCUUUCUUUGAUUCAGA